AUGCGCGUUAACAGUUUCCUGGCCAUGGCCAGCUUCCUAUCAGUGGGCCUCGGCAUGCCGGCAUCUUCGCCGCAAAGCUGCGAUAUGCUGGCUGGGGUCAUAGAACGGAUCCAAGAUGCUGAUGCCGUGUCCAUGUGCGAGAACCUCAUGGCGAAGGCUCGGGAGGAGAUUCCCGGUAGGCCGUCGGUAAAUGCUCCCCAGACGACAGUGACGACCACUGUGACAACAGGGACAACGGUGACCGCUGUGACCACACCAACGACAACGACCACUGUGGUGACAUCUACUAGUACGACAAUCACGACGACCUUUACGACGGUGAAGACAAUAACUAAAGCUGACAACACGAAAACUACUACGACUUCAACGAUAACGGUACCGGGUACGAACCCGACCACCGUCACCCGCCUGCAAGAGCUGAAGGCCAGGACCACGGCCGAGGCGCACCUGAUGGCCGAGGACAUUCCCUUGGGGCUCAAAGACAUCCCUACCUCAGACCUCGAGGACGCCUGUAUGUGCGUCUGCACGAUCGACGGAGGCUGUCCACCGCGAAGACCUACCGUCACCGUCACCACCACUGUUACGGGAUCCGUGACGGUCACCACUGGCGGCACUGCCACCGUCAGCACCUUCACCUCGGCUACAUCUACCAACACUCAGUCCGUCACUGUGACCACCACUAUUUCCUCCACCAGCACUAUUGUCACUACUACUACUACCACCACGGGCAGCGGCCCUACCGUGACGUGCGGAUCUUGCGAAUCCACCAAUAACAUGGCACUGAACGGCGGCUUCGAGAACUCGCCGCUGACAGGCAGCGACUGGACCAUCACUGCUUCCGGCGCCCCCGUCAGUGACAUCUGUACUGACGCCGACUACGCCUUCGAUGGCAGCAAGUACCUCACCUAUCACGCUGUCCCCGCUGAUGGGCUCUCGCAAGCCACCAUCCGCCAGAUCAUGGCUGUCUGCCCCAGCAGGCCCUACAUGCUCACUUUUGCCGUCGGCGCCUUCAACGAUGGCAUGGAGGACAUCAACCACACCACCGAGUUCUUGGUCAUGUACAACGGCAAAACCGUCCGCAGCGCCGACCAGCCCUGCUCCACCAUCGCUCAGUGUCCCACCUACAAGAAUGGCAUGUACUGGCGUACCAUUACCAUCAAUCUGCCUUCUACCAGUUCCACUGGCAAUUGCAACCCCAUUCUCGACUUCAUCUUCCGCACCCCCUCAUCUAACCUCAAUCAGGACUGGUACUACGGCCUAGAUCAGGUUAGUCUUGUAGGUGCCUAG